AACAUUUUGGUGUGCCAUGGCCAGUAUUAUUGCAGUCCUAACUUUUUCUUUUAUUAUUGCAGUCCUAUUUUUUUCUUUCUUUAGCACAACAACAACAACAACCAUGGCUAAACCUGACGGCUUGACCAUCAACCUCACUCACCGUGAUUCCCCAGACUCACCUUUCUAUCAACCAAACCUCACCACUUCACAAAGAACUCGAAAACUCAUUCUCCAAUCUGAAGCUCGUGCACUUCAUCAUCAUCUUAAGCAAUAUCCCAAACAACAUUUCAAUUCUAAUGCCUUGCGUUCAAAAGUUGAUUAUCAAGGAGAUUCUGUUUACAUGGCCCAAGUGGGCAUUGGAACUUUCACAUCAGGUCCAAAUUCAUCCAUCUCCUACUUUCUUGCCAUGGAUUCUGGCAGUGACUUAAUAUGGACACAGUGUGACACAUGUAGGUCUCCGGGACACCAUUGCUUUCCACAGAGACAACCUCUUUUCCCUUCUCUCCGAUCCUCUUCUUAUCGAAAACUUGUUUGUGCUAGACACCCUCUUUGCUAUCCAAGAAGAUGCAUUGGAAACUUUUGCUCCUACAUUAGCAGAUACUUAGACAACUCCACCUCUGCUGGCUUUCUUGCAUCAGAAACCUUCACUUUCUAUUCAGAUUCAUCCCAAAAAGAAGUUGUUCCUAACAUUGUUUUUGGUUGCGGUUUUGAUCAAGUACUCAGAGUAGAUUUUGGUCAGGAAGGCAAUUUUGCAGGCUAUUUGGGCUUAGGAUGGGGGCCUCAUUCCCUUGUCAGACAAUUAGGCUCCCGAGCCAGUGGCAGGUUCUCAUAUUGUCUCCAGACAAUGACUAAUCCUCGUGGACAAAACACAUUCCUCCGGUUUGGUUCAGAUAUUCCUAACAGACCUGGUUUACUAAGCACAGACUUGGAGCAAUAUAGUGGUGUAUUCAAUGAUGGUUAUUAUGUAAGCUUGCUAGGCAUUAGCAUUGCCCGUUCAAGACUAGGAAUCCCACCUGACUAUUUUGCUAGAAGACCACCUCGUGGAGGGACUAUAAUGGAUUCUGGAUGUGCUUUUUCAGCCAUUGUAAGACCUGCUUAUGAAAUUCUGGAAAGAGAAUUGGUUAAGUACUUCUCGAGGUUAAGUGGGUUAACGAGGAUUCGCCCUCAAAGGUUCUUCAAUCUUUGCUACCAAAGGUCAAGAAGACAAGGUUUCAACAAUCUUCCACAACUUACAUUCCAUUUGAGAGGUGUAGAUCUUGUGGUGCAGCCUCAGGGUGCGUUUUAUGUGAAAGAAACUUCGGGUGGAAAAGAUUACUUUUGCUUGGCAAUGAUACCAUUUGAUGGUGUGACCUUGAUAGGUUCAUACCAGCAGACAAAUCAACGUUUCAUCUAUGACUUGAAUGCCGAGAAACUGUUCAUUGGACAAGAGGAUUGUAGCCGAAAUGCAUGAAAUUUGUAGAAACUGUCUUUGUUUUAUUGUUUCACAGUUAAUCAAAUAACGAAAAUCUCAUAUCGAAUUAAUUAGCAUAAAUAAUGUGUA